AUGACACUUGAUGACGUAGAUUGUUUGGAAACAAACGGUAGUACAGGACUGCAUGCUGCAUGUUAUUAUGGUCAUGCUAGAAUUGUUAAAUUAUUAUUGAAAAAAGGAGCUGACAGAGCAAUAAAGAAUAAGUAUCAAUGUUUACCGUAUGAUGAAGCAGCGAAUGAUGGCAUUAAAGAACUUUUUCUUCGCGUACCAAAUAGUAAUCGACUUGUAUCGGAUACUGGUGCUAUUGAAUGGAUAUUGAUUGAUGAUGAUGUCAUGAAAAAAGCGAAAGAAGAGCGACACAUAAUUAAAUCAUUGUAUGACAAUAGCACAGGUACUACUCCUAUAGAUAAAAUGUUCGAAAAAAUUGAAAAAAAUUAUAUUAACAAAGGACUAACUAAUAUUAGUGGUAUUAAAAAUAUUAGACGUUAUUUUCGAAAAGCUACUGAAGAGCAAAAUAUUUUAUGGAUAAUCAAAGCUUACACAGCUGAAACAGAUUUCUAUAAAAUUUUGAAUAAUGAAAUAGCAGCUGGUGCUAGUCAGUAUCAAAAUGAACGAAGGUAUAUUAUAGCAUUAAUUUCACAUGAUUUACGUUUGGACGAAUUCACGUUUAUCGGUACCGCUUAUCGAGUGCUGCGAAUAAAUAAUGAUGAUUUAAAAAAAUAUGAAGUUGGUUGUUCGUUAAUGACAAAAUCAUUUGUGUCGUCAUCCAUCGAUCGAAAAGUUGCCGAAUUAUUUUUAUGUCAAAAAGAAGCAGCACAAUCAGAAGCUCAAGUAAUGACACGCAAGAAAAUUGAUGGAACAUUGAUAAAAUCAUGGAUUAUGUGUAGAUAUGAAAUCAAACAUAGACGUACUGGUCUACAUAUUGAAAAUUCAUCUCAAUAUGCGAACGAAGGUGAAAUCUUGAUUAUGCCAUAUUCUGUGUUUGAAGUGAAAGACAAGAAAAGUUCAACUUUCAUGUUUUCAAGAUAA